UCUCUCUCUCGGUGCUGCUGACGGUCGCGUCUCCGUGUGCAGUUAUAAAAGCUCGGUUUUCUCGGGAUCAUGUCUGUGUCACCGGACAAACGGCGAAAGAUGGAGUCUGCGCUGGAGCAGAUCAAGAAACACACGGUGGUGGUUGCAGACACGGGCGACUUUAACGCUAUUGAAGAGUACAAGCCUCAGGAUGCCACCACCAAUCCUUCUCUGAUCCUGGCUGCAGCUAAGAUGUCCAUCUACCAGCCUCUCGUGGAGCAGGCCAUCAAAUACGGCAUCGCUAACGGCGGGAGUGAGGAGGAGCAGGUGACCAAUGCCAUGGACAAGCUGUUUGUGAACUUUGGUUUGGAGAUCUUAAAGAAGGUUCCUGGCCGGGUCUCCACUGAAGUCGAUGCCAGGCUGUCCUUUGAUAAGGAGGCGAUGGUGUCUCGUGCUCGGAGGCUCAUCUCUCUCUAUGAGGAGGCAGGAGUCAGUAAGGAGCGCAUCCUCAUCAAACUCUCCUCCACGUGGGAGGGCAUUCAGGCCGGACAGGAGCUGGAGGAGAAGGACGGGAUCCACUGCAACAUGACUCUGCUGUUCUCCUUCGCUCAGGCUGUUGCGUGUGCCGAGGCUAACGUCACCCUCAUCUCGCCCUUCGUGGGGCGUAUCCUGGACUGGUACAAAGAAAACACCGACCGCAAAAACUACGAGCCCCAUGAAGAUCCAGGUGUGCAGAGUGUCACCAAGAUCUACAACUACUACAAGAAGUUCAACUACAGGACGGUGGUGAUGGGCGCCUCCUUCAGGAACACGGGGGAAGUGAAGGCUCUGGCCGGCUGUGAUCUGCUCACCAUCUCCCCGGGGCUGCUGGGAGAGCUCAGUCAGGACCACAGCGCGGUGACCUGUUCCCUCACGCCGCAGGGAGCGAAGCAGUGCGAUCUGGAGCAGGUGCACCUGGAUGAGAAGCGCUUCCGCUGGCUACACAACGAGGACCGCAUGGCCGUGGAGAAACUCUCUGAUGGGAUUCGCAAAUUUGCAGCUGACGCCAUCAAACUCGAGACCAUGAUCAAGGAAAGGAUGUUUAACGUGAAGAAUGGCCAGUAGUGAAGCAGAGAGACUCGUUCGAGGACCAAACCCUUCUCUCCCGCUGCUCUCUCUGGGCAGAAGAUGUGUCUGACUGCAGUCUUAA